AUGGAGGAAGAAAGCUGCAACAAGGACACGAGGGGAAAGAGAGCAGCGGUGGACGAUGGGGAUUCAGACAUGGAGAAGUUCUACGCUUUGAUGGAGAACAUCAAAGCGGCCAGAGACUCGUUGAGGGGGAGACAUAAUUGCAGUAAGAGGGCCAAAGCGAAGGCAUCCCUGCCGCGACUGCCGGCCUGGCAGCCAAAGUUUGAGUUGGAGGACUUUGCGGACGUAGAGGCCAGCGGCAGCGCGGGGAGGCAGCGGAGCCAGCAAGAAGAGGGAGAUGGGAAAGAGAAAGAGGAGGAGGAGGAGGAGAACAGAAGAGGAGAACAGAAGAGGAGUUUGGAUCUCCGCCUCUCUCUCUCUAAUUAUAAUUGA